CCAGGUAACUGUCUGUCCACUCAUGUGUAGGCUUGGCGUUGUCCAGAUAUUGAUCUCUCCGAGCAAUCAUUUGGUGGCAUACCCCGAAGAGACACAUCACCGACGCGGUCGCACUGAGGACAAUGUCAGCUUCGGAUCCGUAUGAGCAUCGAGCUGAUCGCUCUGCCAGCCCCAUGGACAUUGAUGGGUCAGAUCAGCCAGUGCUGGCACCAGUCAUUCCCCCGCCACCAUCGGACGCCGCCCACCCAGCGUCACCACACUCUGGCCCGACGUCUGAACUACAACCCGAAUCAGCGAGCCGAAUUCUCUUCUAUCGUCGCCAUGAGCCAUACUUCGAGUUCACAAACUUUGCCCCGUACACCAUUGACUGGGACGGCCACAGGUAUCCUACCGCGGAGCACUUGUUUCAAGCCCAGAAGUUCAUGUCAAUCCGACCAGAUCUGGCCGACCGAAUCCGCAAUCUUCCCAACCCCCGCGCUGCGCUUGAGGAAGCCGGGCGCAUGCGCAGGCUACAGCGCACAGAUUGGUUCGACGUCAAUCUCAGGAUCAUGGACGAAAUCCUCGAAGCCAAGUUCACGCAGCAUCCAGAACUGAAGCACACGCUUCUCAGUACGGAUGAUAGUGAAUUGAUCGAAGACAGCCCAGUAGACUCAUUCUGGGGGUGUGGCGAGAAUGGUGAAGGACAGAACGAGCUUGGGAAGGCGCUCAUGCGACUUCGUGACAAGCUGAAGCGUAGUGACUGAGUUCUGUAACAUAUACAGUCGGUAUGAGGAUUUGUAAUCUAUCUGUCGACUCGGUCGGGUCUCAUAUAUGAUAUAGUGACGACAUUG